AUGAAAAGAGGUAGAGGUCGCGGCAAAGCAGAUCCAAAUGCCGCUGAAGGUGAGCCAAAAAAGAAAGUGCCAAAAGAAAAGCCAGUCAAACUUACGUUCAACCAGCAAGUAGAAGGACAGCAAGUGAAGAUGGAUGCCUUAAAAGGAGUUCACAGCGAUGAUGAAGUUGAAAACUUUCUCAGAAAGCAUCUUGGUGAAUCCGAUUCCAUUGCAGAACUUCGCACGCUCCUUGCCUCUUCCGAAAUUCCAAGACCUCAAAUAGGUGCAAAGGAAAUUUGCAUUAAUAUUUUUAUUGAAUUUUGAGGAUUUUUCUAAAAAUAGAGAAAAAAUUUUCAGCUUGAAAAGCGGGAUAAUUUACUUACUUUACCAUCGGAAAAGGAGCAUGAUUAUUUUGUCUAUUUUUAAAAAUUUUUAUCAUUAAAAAAAUGAUGUAAAUCUUCUAAGAAAGUCAAUUUUAUUUAUACAAUAAUGGUCUUUUUCAUUGCAGAAAUAAUUUAAUUCUUCAAUUGUUUGCUUGCUCUUCAAGAAGAUUUAGGAAAAUAAAGAAAAACCUCAAAUAUAAAUAGCUUAAUUUCACUUGUUUUUGAGCUCCUCGAGUCAAAUCCCGGGGCUCUCCAAUGGGGAAAACAAGCAAUCCAGGCCAUCACUGCUGAGACUCUUGCCCCAUCCAAGCGCAUUAAGGACGCAUUUUUCUUCCCAAGCGACGAAUCAGAAAGAAAGCUUGUAGUGUAUAUGAAUAGAGCCAAAAAGACAAUGCUUGUUUGUGUUUUUACAAUAACCAACAAUUGUUUGUCUGACGCCAUUCGAAAUGCAGUUAAAAGAGGAGUAGAUGUGAGGGUGGGUUUUUUUAUAAAAAUAAUAUACCCAAUAAAGGCAAUUUAACGCAAAUAAGAUUAGUUGCCAAUUAUCCUAUAGAUUUUAUAAGUAAAUUAUUUAUGUUUUGGGAAAAUUUCAUUAUGGUAUAAAUAUUUUUUUUAAUUUUUUUAAAAAAUAUUUGUAAUGCCUGAGGGUGAUAUCAGAUGAUGAAUGUAUGAAAAUGCUUGGCUCAGAUAUUUGGAACUUCCAUAAUGAAGGAAUCCCAGUCAGAGUCGACUUAGAUCCGCACGCCCACAUGCACAAUAAAUUCGUGGUAAUUGAUGACUAUUUGCUAUUAACUGGGAGUUUUAACUGGACUAAGCAAGCUGUCAACAAAAAUCAAGAAAAUCUGACUGUUAUUGAUGAUCCAGAUUUAUGCAAAAUAUAUACCAUAAUAAAGUAAACCCCUAUUUUUAUAUUAAAAAUUAUAAAAAAAACGUAUCUCAGAAUAAUUCAGCCUGCACUACUAUAUACUGAAGAAUUCAAUAAGCUAUGGGUCCAGUUCGAAAAAAGUGUCGAAGUCUAUAUGUCUGCAGGGCCUCCAGUAAACCCAGCUCUAGCUGCAGCCAAGGCGAAAAAAGAAAAAGCAGCUUUAGAAGCCAAAGCAGCCUUAGAAGCUAAAGCAGCCUUAGAAGUCAAAGCAGACGGAACAGAAGUGGUCACAACGGAAAUCAAAGAAACCACAUCUGUUGAGGUUACUAAAGAAGAGAAAAAAGAAGACGGAGAACACAAAGAAGAAAAAAAGAAAAGAGGUAGAAAACCUAAAGCAGCUGGAGAAGUCAAAGAAGCCGCAGACAAGCCAGAAAAACCAGAAAAAUCAGAAGAAAUCGCUGGAGAAGAAGAAAAGAAAGAAAAAAAGAAAAGAGGCAGAAAACCAAAAAAUCCUGACGCCCCACCUAAAGAGCCGAAAGUGCCUGGAACUAGAGGUAGGCCAAAGAAAAAGAAGAGAGACUCAGAAGACGAAUUUGAAGACUCUGAAAGUGAAGAAAACAACGAAAUGCCCGAACUGGAGUCAGAUUCUGCACAUGAAGAACCUGAAGAAGAAGAAUCAGAUGAAGACGAGUUCUUUGAUGAAGUUAAAAUAGUGACACACCAGUUAAAAGCUGAAGUAAAGAAAGCAAAGCCUCCCUAAAUCUUUGAUAAAUAAAUAUUUUUUUAAAAAAAUUAAAAAAUUUUAAUUAUUUUUUUUAAAAAAAUAUUUGAAGAAAGAGUAAGCAAGAAAAAGUUGUGGAAGAAAAAGAGGAGGAAGAAGAAGAAGAGGAAGAGGAAGAAGAUAAAGAUAAAGAGGAGGAAGAGGGCAUUUAA